GACGUCGAAAAAGAGGAAGAAGAACGAUGGACUCCUUCAGUCGUGAUCUACUUUCUCGCCUUUUCGCGUUUGUAUUUGUGUUUUCGGCGUUGUUAUUCCGGAGCUCGCUGUGCACGGAGCUGACCUCUGUCACUUGCGGUUCUGUGCUCAAACUUUUAAACGUCAAACACAACGUGAGACUUCAUUCGCACGACGUGCGCUACGGCUCAGGAAGCGGUCAGCAGUCAGUGACGGGCGUGACCAGCGUGGAGGACAGCAAUAGCUACUGGAGCGUCCGCGGCACGCGAGACUCGGCCUGCCUUCGGGGAAACGCCGUCAAGUGCGGGCAAAACAUUCGCCUGACGCACGUCAACACGGGACGCAACCUGCACAGCCAUUACUUCAGCUCGCCGCUCUCCUCCAACCAGGAAGUGAGCGCGUUCGGCGAGGAGGGUGAGGGGGACCACCUGGACGAGUGGACGGUGGAGUGCGGGGGGGCGGUGUGGAAGCGCGCCGAGGCCGUCCGCUUCCGCCACAAAUCCACCGAGGCGGCGCUGGCGGUGACCGGCGAGCAGUACGGACGGCCCAUCAGCGGCCAAAGGGAGGUCCACGCCAUGGCCGGGUCGGGCCAGCACAGCCUGUGGAAGGCCAUGGAGGGGGUCUUCGUCAAGCUCGCCGACGCCCUCCCCCCGGCCGAUCGCGACCACGCCUACAGGCACACAGAGUUCUGAACACGUUCGGUUCCUUCUGGAUCCUUGCUGGCAAACUCCAAAGCCUCGUGUCGGCUUCACUGACUUGCUGUCUUUGACAAGUGAACAGACAACUUCCCGCUGGAAGAUGUGUGCCUUGUUCUGCUGCUCUUGAGAAUACAUUUGGAUCAUUCAACAACAAAACAAACAGAUCGGUAGAUUUCAUUCAUCACUUCGGUUCCAAUGCAGUGUUGACCACACACACACACACACUGAUGUUAUUUCUGGUCUUGUUGAGUAUUAUUGACGUGAAUCACAACUUGCAAUAAAAUCCUCAAAUUCAAAUACAACUUUAUGAUUUGAAGCAUCUUUUAUUUCUAUUUUCUGAUUGAUGAUAUUGAUCAUCAGCUAAAGGCUACACAAAAUGUGUGUGAGGCCUGCUGGACUGGUUUCCG